CAAGGCCAAGCCCUUAUGUGCCGGUAAUGGAUCGUGUUAUUGCCGAAAUAAAUACAUCGAUAAGUCUUCACUUCACAGCACUGUCCUACCCUAAACCUUACAGUGUCUUGUGGAGAAAAUUUGACGGAAAAUCAUGGACUAAUGUAAAUGAAAGCAACAAUAUACGGAUAUAUCAAUCGAAUUUGGAUUUCGGGAUGACAAUUAUUCGAGCAUCCAAGGAAGAUUUUGGCGAAUAUAAGCUUUUUAUUUCUAACGCCGUUGGAUCCUACAUUCACAAUUUUUAUAUUGAACACACCGCGGUGACAUCACAGUCCGAUGUUAAGGGCAAUACAGGGCUUAUAGUUGGGUUAACAAUAGUUUUAAUAUUGUUUGCAACGAUCGUGACCGUCUUUAGUGUUAUUUGGUACAGAAGAAGAAGAGAUUAUAAAGGACCAGACACGGAUGUUAACAAUUCAUAUCAAAACGUAUCAGGUGCAAAUUCUCAACAAAAUAGUAAUAACAACGAAUAUGAAAAGAUCGGAUUGAAUGUGAAAAACUCGGAAAACACAAUCAAUGGAAGCAGUAAAUGUAUUGAAGAUAUAGAAGAAAAUAAUGGCAUUCCAGUAACAUAUGAGAAACUAGCAGAUGAUCGAAAAGACUUAAACCAGUACAGUCAGCUUCAUUCUACGAAAGAGAAACAAGAUGUUAAUGAAACCGAAAAGAAUGUGUCUAGAGGCAAGGACGAACAACAUGCCGAACUGUCGAAAAUCUAUAUCAAUAUGAAAAUAUAGAUACCCUACUCUUGAACAAAAGGGAAUACUACUAGUUUAUUAUUUGCAUGCACUGUAUAACAUUUUGUACAUGAGGUGGAAUUAUUACAUACAUCCACCUAUACAGACUAUUGAAAUAUAUAAUACUAGUAAGCCAUACUUAAAUGUCUUGUUGAAAAAUGCAUGUAUACGCACAUACAGUUAUUUUUUGAUAUUGUUUAAUUAUAUUCUUAAACAUAUUUCUGUAUUUAAAGCUACAUUUAAUAAAUGUCAUUAAAAAAACUAAAUAGAGACAUUUCAUUAAUAAAUUGGGUUUUAUAUCGACUCCAGAUCUUAUUUUGGUGUCCAGACAACCAAAAUGAGUUUUAUAAGCAUAAAAAUGGGUAACCUUAUUGUGGCGAAAUGGGAUGUACAAUUUCUGUUUGCAUGAGAAAC